AUGUCCGACCCUGCAACCGCCCAAACCACCCGCAAGCUCAUCGUCGUCUUUGGCGCCACCGGCAAACAAGGCGGUUCCGUCAUCGCCCACCUCCUCCCUCUAGGCCAAUACCGCCUCCGGGGCAUCACCCGCGACACGUCCAAGGGGGCCUCUCGGGCGCUCGAAGCACAGGGCGUCGAGAUGGUUUCGGCCGAUAUGGAUGAUGCGUCCACGCUGAAUAAGGCGCUGGACGGCGCGUAUGGGGUGUUUGCGGUGACAGAUUACUGGGCAACGAUGGAUGGUCCGAGAGAGAUCAAGCAGGGGAAGAAUAUGGUGGAUGCUUCAAAGGUUGCAGGAGUGGAGCAUCUCGUCUUGUCUACUUUGAUGAGUCCCAAGAAAUUCACCAGCGGCGCUCUAUCCCGCAUCGAGCAUUUCGACUCGAAAGCCGAGGUGGCAUCCUACGCCCUCUCCUCUGGCGUCCCCACCACCCUCUACCUCGCCGGUUUCUACAUGUCCAACAUCCCUGGCCAGAUGUUCCGGCUCGACCCAUCUUCCAACGCCUGGGUAUUCGCCUUACCGAUCGAGACGGACGCGCAGAUCCCCUUGAUCGACAUUGAGGCCGAUACGGGCAACUACGUCUCGUCCAUCUUUGCCCGGCGAGACGCGAUGCUCGGCCAGUCAGUGUACGGCUCGGUCAAGUACUAUACGCCGCUGGAGAUCGUGCAGGGAUUCAAGGAGAUCUAUCCCGUCGCAGGGGCAGGGGACAAGGCGCGCUUUGUGACCAUCCCGGAGGAGGCCUUCAGGGGGGCGAUGGUGGGCAUGGGAUUGCCCGAAAAGGCGGCGGAGGAGUUGACGGAGAAUAUGCUGCUUCUCAACAAGAAGUGGGGGUACUUUGAUGGGAAGGAUCUGGGGGCGUCAAACAAGAUCCUUGACAAGCCGGCAAAGACGUGGGAGGAGUACAUCAGGACCGCGCCUGCGUUUGCUGGUCUGACUUGA